UGGGGCGCAGAGCAGAGCCUUGUCAGGGCGGGAAGACGACCUUUUGGGACAAGAUGGCCCGGUAUAGGAACGCGGUUUCGUGCCCCGCUCAAUGUGACCCCAAGCUCCAGUCAACAGGUGACACCAACUGGGAUUCCUAUGCUACCACGAUGAAGACAGCAUUCACACCUAAAAGAGGGAUGGUGCCCGAUUUAAUACGCCCAAAGAGCACCAGACGACUGGGAUUUACUUAUUCGAUUAGUGAUCCUAUUCUGAAUGAGUCCCAGUACCACGAUGAGUAUACCUGGAAAUUACGUUCUAAAGAAAAUAUGGUAAAAACCGGGACUUCAAGAGGAGUACGGAACCACAAAGCUCACCCUGGUCAAGAAUUCUUUCAGUGGACACACCCUAAAGGAAAACAAACCCACAAGCUCCCUUGGAUAGAGCCUCCUUCCGAGGAAAGCUUACGGAACGCAAUAGCCAGCCAGUUCGUCUCCUGUACCAAGAGGGACUUCGUGGACCUGACUCAAUCUAAGAAGACCAUGAAAAGAUUUCCAAGGUCCCAGGACGGGAAAUCGCUCCUUCCCCGGCCUCUGGACACUGAAUUUCGAUAUAAUUACCAAAUUCCAGCUCAGAUUCCCGAAUUGAAGGAUUUUAGUUUCAAAUAUGGGUGCUACGCAAGCCUGCCUGUUGCCUCCCAGGGUCUAGUGCCCUCUGUGCUGUCUAGCUAUAUUCGGAACGAGGAACGCACAAAGAAGCAGACCACGUACGAGUGCGACUACGGGAAAGCCUGCCUGGACUUCUUGACAAUCUUAGACUCAUUCACGCCCUCCCAAGUCCAGGACUACCUGCAAAGUGUUUCCUACAAAGACCGACAAAUUCUUGAGCGCUUUAUUCAUUCUCACUGUGACAGUGAAGCAAAGUCUAAUAAGAGAGAAAAACAAAGUCACAGAAAGAGACCCUGAGACCGGUGGACAGAUGGAGCUCUGGUUGUUUUCUGAUAAUCAAGAAAAAAUAGGUGAAAUUUCUCCAAGUAUAUUGUGCUAGUAUGGACAUGUAUGUUCUGUGUUGCUAAAAUGGAAGGAUUUAAAGUUCCAAUUUCUCCCAUGACAUACCUUUAGCUGUGUCCCCAAGGUUUGGAUGUCACGUCUUUUUUUUUUUUUCUUCUUUUAUUUUUAUAACUUUUGGUUUCAAUCUUGAGUUCCUCUUCAGAGAAAUUUCAACUUCCCAAUAAAUGAAAAGAUUUUUAAAGACAUUUCCAUUGUUGAUUUUUGUUUUGAAUGCUAGGGAAAAAACAAUCUUUACUUUUGGGGAUUCAUCACAGCUUCCCUGUAUGUGGCUAAUCCAGUGUAUGAUUAAUUUCUACUUUACAAGAAUAUAUGAAAAAAAAAUCAUUUAUGUGCUUCCAAAGUCCUUCUUAUUGUUACCUUAACUGUAUUCUUGAACUAUCAAGUUUUGAAAAAAAAAAUUAAAACAUCAAACAAUAAACAGUCUUGUGAUCUCCUCCUU